AUGGAAACAGCAAAGAUAUUUGCUGGAGUUGACGCGACGAAAGAACCAAUACCUGUAAUCCCAACUGUUCAUUAUAAUAUGGGAGGAAUACCAACCAAUUACAAAGGUCAAGUCAUAACUUAUUCAGCAGAAGGAGGUGAUAAACUGAUACCAGGACUACUUGCAUGUGGUGAGACAGCUGCACAUUCAGUUCACGGAGCGAAUCGACUAGGUGCUAACUCAUUGCUGGACACCGUUAGUAAAUUAUUCUGGGGCAAUAAUUUCAGUAUUUUGGAACAGUGGAAAUCACACGGAUCUAAAAUGCUGGAUUUACCAGCGAACAUUGGCGAAGCAACGAUUGCUAAUCUGGACAAGAUUCGUUUCGCAAAGGGAAGCAUUCCAACUAGUGUGUUACGUCUGAAAAUGCAGAAGACCAUGCAACGUCAUGCUGCAGUUUUCCGACGUGGUGAUAUUCUACAAGAGGGGAUCAAAAAAAUGAUACAAAUUUUUGCGGAACAGAAAGAUCUCAAAACAACAGACCACGGACUUGUCUGGAAUACGGACCUUAUUGAGACUUUAGAGCUACAGAAUCUGUUGCUCUGCGCAGUACAAACGAUCGUUGCUGCAGAAGCGCGUAAAGAAUCCCGUGGUGCUCAUGCUCGUGACGAUUACAAACAACGAGUAGAUGAGUUUGAUUAUUCGAAACCUUUAGCGGGCCAAACCAAAAAACCCAUAGAACAGCACUGGCGCAAGCACACAAUAAUCAACCAGGAUGUGCAAAGUGGGAAAGUGAAGCUAAGUUACCGACCUGUGAUCGAUGAGACGCUAGACAAAAAUGAAAUCGAAUGGAUACCGCCAGUGCUUCACCGACAGUGCAAGUCUGCAUAUGUGCAGAGGUGGACUAGUGCACGCCCUGUCUGUGUGCACUAUGCUGUCAGCUCUACAAGGCUGCGUUCAUUCGCAAGCGUUCCACUGCAUUAUUACAACAUGCUUACUGCGGCCCGUUGUUUGUUGACAAGGACAUGUCAGAGAGCAUUGUCAGUUUCAGCAGUAAGGAAUGAUACAAAAACUUCUAAUAUUGCUGAGUACAAGGUUGUCGAUCAUGCGUAUGAUGCAGUUAUCGUUGGAGCUGGUGGAGCCGGUUUACGGGCGGCAAUGGGUCUUAGCGAAGCUGGUCAAAAUGUAGCUGUUGUCACGAAACUAUUUCCAACGCGGUCUCAUACGGUUGCUGCUCAAGGAGGUGUUAAUGCAGCCUUGGGUAACAUGAAUCCGGAUGACUGGCGAUGGCAUUUCUAUGAUACUGUCAAAGGUAGUGAUUGGUUAGGGGAUCAAAACGCUAUACAUUAUAUGACUCGUGAAGCGGUUCGUGCUGUCACUGAAAUGGAAAAUUAUGGUAUGCCUUUCUCUCGAACAGAAGAAGGUAAAAUCUAUCAGCGUUCAUUUGGUGGACAAAGCAAUAAUUUUGGGAAAGGUGGAUUAGCUCGUCGGACAUGCUGCGUAGCUGACCGUACUGGACACUCAAUGUUGCAUACAUUGUAUGGUUCGUCCCUUCAGUACAAUUGUCGAUAUUUCAUUGAAUAUUUCGCUCUUGAUCUAAUGAUGGAUAGUGGUCGAUGUGUAGGCGUUGUAGCAAUAGAUCUGGAAGAUGGAAGCAUUCAUCGAUUUAGGGCUAAGAAUACGGUGAUUGCUACUGGAGGUUAUGGACGAGCAUUCUUUAGCUGCACAUCAGCGCAUACUUGCACUGGUGACGGUACUGCAAUAGUUGCUCGAGCUGGAUUGCAAACUUCAGACAUGGAGUUUGUGCAGUUUCACCCUACUGGAAUUUAUGGCGCUGGGUGCCUUAUUACAGAAGGUUCCAGAGGUGAAGGAGGUUUUCUAGUUAACAGUGAAGGAGAACGAUUUAUGAAAAAAUAUGCCCCGAAUGCUUUAGAUUUGGCUUCAAGAGACGUUGUGUCGCGAGCAAUGACAAUUGAAAUUAUGGAAGGGCGUGGAGUUGGAAAGCAUAAAGACCAUAUUUACUUGCAGCUACAUCAUAUACCUGCUAAAGAUUUGCAUGCUAAGCUACCAGGUAUUAUGGAAACAGCAUUGAUUUUUGCUGGUGUGGAUGCUGCAAAAGAACCAAUACCCGUAUUACCAACUGUUCAUUAUAACAUGGGUGGUAUACCGACAAACCAUAUGGGACAAGUUCUAACUCAUAAGCCAGAUAAAGGUGAUCAGUUGGUACCCGGACUUUAUGCUUGUGGUGAGGCAGCUGUACAUUCUGUACAUGGAGCAAAUCGUCUUGGUGCCAAUUCAUUACUUGAUCUUGUUGUUUUUGGCCGCGCUUGCGCAAUUGAUAUUAUCGAUAAGGCCAAAAAGUCCCCUGAAAAGAUUCCUGACUUGCCGAAAGAUGGCUGUGAAUCAUCAAUUGCUAAUGUGGACAAGAUUAGGUUUGCUAAAGGGGAUAUUCCUACUGCCGAUUUAAGACAAAAAAUGCAAAAAACUAUGCAACAACAUGCAGCGGUUUUCCGCCGUGGGGAUAUUUUGCAGGAGGGUAUUAAGAAGAUGGAAAGUCUUUUCAAAGAACAGGAUCACUUAAAAACAACAGACCGAGGGCUGGUAUGGAAUUCCGAUCUUAUUGAGAGUUUAGAACUGCAGAAUUUGAUGUUGAAUGCAAUUCAAACCAUUGUUGCUGCUGAAGCUAGAAAGGAAUCUCGUGGAGCUCAUGCUAGAGACGAUUUUCCUAAACGAAUUGACGAAUUUGAUUACUCUAAACCCUUAGAGGGUCAGACCAAGAAAACUCUUGAUCAACACUGGCGCAAGCAUACCAUCAUCAGUCAAGACCAAAACACUGGAAAAGUUACUUUGAGCUACCGACCAGUAAUUGAUCAGACGCUGAAUAAAAGUGAGACAGAUUGGGUUCAGCCAAUGAUCAGAUCAUAUUAA